AUGGUUGGUAAUUUGUGGGUGAUUUUAUCUGUCUUAAGAAUUCUUCACAAAACCCGAAGUCCUGUCAACUAUACAUUUAGGCAUAUGGCUAUGUAUAUUCUUUCUUUAAGUAUUGCUGAUAUUGCGGUCCUUUGUAUGGUCCCAAUGCUUUUAAGUUAUUUUCUCGAUGGGCAUUGGCGUUUUGGGUUAAUUGGCUGCAAAAUAUUUUUUACCGUUGAAAAUAUUAAUAAAUUAUUGUCUGUAGCUAUUUUGACAAUAAUGAGCUUUGAAAGAUUUUUGGCGGUCUCUAGACCUUUUUAUUGGUUAUGUUGUAGAAUUCGUCGCAAACGUGUUUCCAAUGCUUUAGGUGUUGUUCUAGUUUUACUCUUCUUUAGUGUUCUCCUUUGUUCUCCAAUGAUAUAUUAUGCCGAUUUAAAACCUUUAGAGCUACUUUAUGAUGAUGGAAGUGUUGAAAGUAGUACUCAAACACUUUGUGGGUCAGAUUUGCCAGAUCAUGUUAUGUCACUUUUUAUUUGUUAUAUGUUUGUUCUUGGAUUUGUUUUACCCCUUCUGUUUAUCUCCCUUUGCUACUUCUUCCUUAUUCAACAUUUACGUAAAACUCGUUCUUCCUUUCAAGAGUGCUGGCCUAGAGGUCAAGGAAUGUUUGUUACUGCUUGCACAACUAAAGUUGUCAGAUCUGUAUUGCGAGUUGUUGGCUUUCAUAUGAUUUGUUGGGGGCCAUUUUGGCUUUUUGUUUUAAUUCCAAUAAUUGAAUAUUUCCAAUUAAUUUCUCGAGUGCCGACAGCUUUAGACAACGAUUUCUUUCGUUCAUUGAGAAUGAUUUCUAGUUUUUUGCCAUAUUUAAAUAGUGCUGGAAAUUGGGUAUUUUAUGCUGCAAUGAAUAGGGAAUUGAGGGAUGCUGUGACUGUUUUGGGGAAUUGUUCUAGAAUUAGCACAAAUUUUGGUUCAAAUCAAAGACAACAGAAAAAUGGAAGUAUAUCCACUAUGACAUCACUUAUUUUACGUCCUUUCAUUUUUCGGGCAAUAAAUUGGAAAACUAGGCAAAUAAAUUUUAAUCAAAAAUAA